AUGCAUGUGAUGUUUUUAUUCAUCUUUAUUUUCUAUUCGAUCAUUAAUUCGAUUUUAGCAGCGAAUUAUUCAUGUAAUACAGUUUCUUCAUGCGGUUGUUCAACAGUAUCUACAGUUGUUACAUCACGAAUUAUUGGUGGAGAAAUUGCAUCUAAUCAUACGUGGGAUUGGAUAGUUUCUUUUCAAAGCAACGGUGCACAUAGAUGUGGUGCAAGUCUUUUAACAUCCGAAUAUGCUGUAACAGCAGCUCAUUGUACUGUAGCCUUAUUACCUCUUAUGCCAAAUUUAACUAUUGUUGCUGGUACAAAUUAUUUAACGGAUUCAUCCAAUACAGCUGUACAACGAAGAUCUAUCAUUAACAUGUUUACACAUCCAAAUUAUAAGAAUGGUACAUUCGUGAAUGAUAUCGCUAUUCUCCAGUUUGCUCCACUUAAUAUAUCAUCAGAUUUUAAUAUCGGUUUUAUUUGUUUACCUCAAAUAAAUCACGAUCCAUUUCAAACGAAUACUAGUCUUAUAGCUAUAGGCUGGGGUGUCACAUCUACCGCUGCAAAUGCUAAUGCAUCUGACUUUCUAGAACAAGUAACUGUCCAAGUUUUCUCAUCAACAUCAUCAGAUUGUCAACGAUCAAACAUAACCAAUACAACUGUACAAUUCUGUGCAGGAGUUUCUGAAGGUGGUAAAGAUACAUGUCGAGGUGAUAGUGGAGGCCCAUUAAUGGCUUUUGUUGAUAAUGCAUGGGUAUUAGCAGGAAUAACAUCUUUUGGUCAAGGAUGUGCUCAAGCAGGAUAUCUUGGAGUAUACACACGAGUGUCUUCGUUUAUUCCAUUUAUCAACUCAAUUAUUUUUUUUUCAAUACAAGCAUCAACAACACCAUCACAAGUUUUGAAUGGAAUAACUGUAAAAAAUCAAGGCAGAAAUAUGAUAAAUAAAUCUGGAUCAAUUUCAAUCUUUUGCUUUUUAUUUAUAAUAUUUUCUUUAUUUUCAAUCUAA